AUUCAAUUUCAAGGUAAAGUAAAAGUCGCCAUUUUGUCAAGAGAUUGAAUUUAAUUUUGCGUAUCAACUAUCAACAUCGAAAUAGAAAUGUUUUAAAUAUUCAUCAAGAAAAAACUGUAUACAAAUGCAUAUAAUGUCGUACUUUUAAAUAUGUUUCAGUCAUUGUGAACUUCAAGAAAUUUAUAAUAAUUAGCAAAUUGACAGUGUAGUUUAUAUUUAUGUAUAUUUACAUCGGUGUUUUGCGCGGGUAAUUUUAAUUAAUACAUUAUGAUGGGUAAGCGUAUGCAUCAUAAUAAUAAAGGAAGAUUAAGCAGCAAAGGCCAUGAUAACGGCAAACCCUCUAGUCCAGGUGUUUCACCAUAUAAUAAACCUUCAAAAAUACCAGGUGCUGUGUCAGCUGGUAAAACAAAAGUAGAAACAUGUCCCAUUCCAUAUAUAAAGCAGCAAGAUAAUGUAUCUACUUUACCGAGACUAGCUGCUAUCUGUGCGAGAUCUGCAGAUGAACCGAUUGGCAUGGACGAACUUGACGCAUUACAAUUAGAGCUUGAAUCACUUUUAUGUAAUACAGCACUACGGAUAAGAUACUUUCAGAGUGAAAUUGAAAGUAUUGAUACUAAUGAAUCGAAAAGGGAAAAGAAAGGUAAAGCGGCCGGGAAACAGUUAACAUACCCAAUGAAAAGAAAAUUUCAAGAUGACAAAUUAGUAAAGACCAAAGAUUAUGCUAAACUGUCCAACCAACCAAAGGUACCGAAAUUGAAAACAUUCGGAAAUACCUCAUCUGGUGCAUCUCAAAACUAUCUCAAUGAAAACAAUGCUAACUCUGACAAUUCAGUAAAAUUAGAACUAUCACAGUUAGCUUUACCAAAGAAUAAUAUACCUUAUAAGUUCUGGAACUCUGUAGAUCCAUACUGUGCACCUGUUACACUUGAUGAUAUUAAAUUCCUUGAAUCAUUGCUAGCUCAGAGUAGCAAUACAACACUUCCACCCAUUCCACCUCUUGGAAAACAUUAUUCGGAAGUUUGGGCAGAUGAACACCUCACAGAAGAUCAGAACGCAUCAAAUCCGAGUAAAAUCAAAUCAUCCGGUAUGUCCCCAGACGCAUCUAGCUUAAGAAAAAAAUUUGAUAAAUCUUCGGAAAAUAUGAUCACCGGUCCAUUAACGCAACGGUUGGUGUCAGCGUUGAUGGAAGAAAAUGUAAUGCCUUAUGAAGUCCCAGAUAUCAAAGUCAAACAGACAACUAACACUAGAAAUAGUUAUAAGAAUUCUUUGACCUUAGAAAAAUGUCUAAGGAAAGAACUGGUUGAGCAAGGAAUUUUAGACCCGGAAGAUUUACCGCCACUCACCAAUCCAGCUGAUGAUGAAAUAUUGGCAGAAAUCAAAAAAUGCCAAACUGAAUUGACAGCGGUUAGAAAAGAAAAUUGUCGAAAUCUUAAAAACCUCAUUGGUUUAUGCAAACAGGAAAUGAUAAGACUGAAUUUAAAGAAGCAGCUCGAUCAGGUUGAUAUGGAAUGUAUUGAUAUAUACAAGAAGAUGGUAGCCGCUAAACAGAAGAAAAGACCUAUAACUAAGAAAGAAAAAGAUGACGCAUGGAGAGCCAUUAAUGAGCAGAUUAGACUUAAUAAAGAAAUAAAUGCUUUACCCUUAACUGGCCCUAAUACAAGUUAAUUUGUUUUUUUUUCAUUUCUAUCUGUGUAACCAAUAGAUGUUAUAUCGUGGUUGAGGUUAUAUAUAUAUAUAGGAAUUAAACAUUAUUAAAAUA